CAAAGCACCUGAUCGCGAUUCACGCCCACUUUUACACGACUGACUGACGUCCCAGUGUGUUUACAAUUAUCUCAAUGUUCGGGGACUUGUAGGACAAUAUAGGUAACAUUUAUUCAUCGCUUAAAGCACAUUUAGAAUGUCGAAAAAUUACAACUUUAUACAAGAAGCCUGUUUGGUAUAAUAUGAUAUGCAUAUAGCCACAAUCUGUGAUUAAAAUGAAAGCGAAAGUGUUUUGUGUUACGUCAUCAAGGAAGUAAAAGUGGCGUUCUCUGUUUAAGUUUAGGCACAGUGACAACACAAAGGAACCGCAGUCUCUGAACGGAGCAUCCAAAGGUUACUGGCUUCUUAAAUCGUCGGACAAUUGCAAAAAUGCCGGUGGAAUUCAGUGGAUGGGAGGCAUAUUGUGAUAAAUCAAAGCACCUUAAGCCAGGUCAAGAACCCAAAAAGAAUCAUGGCUACAUUAUGUACCACGGGACUCUCAAAAGCAAUGCCCCAGCCAUCAUAUCAACAGGAUUUCGUCCCUCUUCUGGGGGAACUCUGGGCCCCGGAGUCUACUGUAGUAGAGACAUUAACAAAGCAAUGGGUUACCCAGCAUGUGCUCCCAAUGACCGAGUCGUGUUAAAGCUGCGAGUGAGAGUUGGUAAAGUGAAGAGGAUUGACAGCCAAAGUCUUAACAUGUGGACAUCAUGGCAUCAGAACGGAUAUGAUACGGCCUGGUUACCUGCCACUGGCUCUUUUGUGGCACUUGAGGAGGAUUGUGUUUGGGACCCAAACAGAAUUACUGUGACUGGAAUAGCCCAUUGCACAGACCCCAGUACUAAGGCUUCCCUGGAGAGUCUCAUAAAGCAGAAAAGCCAAUCCCAAGACCCGAAUGGGAAAGGCAUGAAGCUGUGUAAGGGCUGUGGGAUGCAAACACAGGAUAAGCACAAGAUGGAGAAAUGCUGGUCCUGUAGGGCAUCCAUUUGCCCCUUCAUGAAAAAACACGGUUGCCAAAGAAACGGGAAGUAACAGGUGCUCAGAUUUCCAAACUAGUUAAUGGAUUAUAUCUGUGAGGUGAUGCUGAGAAAUUAAUUUAGGAUAUUGUUUUUUUUAAAUCAGCCGUGCAGAAAUGUAUGUCAAUUAGAUUGUUGUCAAUAAAUUUGCACAUGAUCUUUCAAAACUACUUUUUUUCUUUUUCUUUUUUUUUUUUUUUUUUUUUGUGGCGGCCCGCGAGGCUUUUUAUAAAUAGCCUAUUAAUAGAAUCUGGCCCGCUAUACAAAAAUGAACGUAAUUCAAUAAAUAACCACCGGGUGUCGCUUUUACAUUCCUUCAAUUAGGCAGCACCAUUGGGCAGCACUUUUUGUUAUGAUGUAAAACUAACCGACCAAACUGAAGGAAACAUUAUUGAUAAUCACAUUUUGGCGAGCCCUGGUGCACCAAGAAAAAGGAAAAUCAACAGUCAGUGCAAGAAGUUUCAGUCACAUUGGAGCAAAGAAUAUUUCUUCA